ACGAUUGUCCGUGCCGGGAAAACUUUUUACCUCCAAGUGUCUGAAAGGACGGAGAAAGCGCAGACAUGGCAACUGAAGCCCAGCAGGCGCCCCAUCAACUGCACGUGGCCGAGCUCACCGCGUCCCAGUUCAUCGAGCUGUGGAAGCGGUACGACGAGGACGGAAACGGUUAUAUCGAAGGGACAGAGCUGGAGAACUUCAUCAAAGAGCUGGAGACUAAGCGACAAGGAGCAGACGUGGAUAUUUCACAAGCUACAUUCAAAGACAAGAUGAAGGAGUUUAUGGCCAAAUUUGACAAGAAUGCUGAUGGGAGGAUUGAAAUGUCAGAGCUGGUUCAGCUUCUGCCCACAGAAGAAAACUUUGUGAUCUGUUUCAGAGAGUUUGUACAAUCUAGCACUGCGUUUAUGGCUGCAUGGAGGACCUAUGACACAGACCGCAGUGGGUACAUUGAGUCCAAUGAGCUAAAGGGUUUCCUGUCAGACCUGCUGAGGAAGGUUGACAGACAGUGCGAUGACAAGAAGCUCAAUGAGUAUACACAGACAAUUUUGAAGAUGUUUGACCUUAAUGAUGAUGGCAAGCUGGGCCUCUCUGAGAUGGCCAGGCUCUUGCCUGUUCAGGAAAAUUUCCUGCUAAAGUUCCAGGAUAUCACACUCACAGACAACGAGUUUGAAGCUCUCUUCACCCUCUAUGAUAAGGAUGGUAACGGCUAUAUUGAUGAGCAGGAAUUGGAUGCUUUGCUGAAGGACCUCUGUGAGAAGAAUAACAUGGAUGUUGAUGCAAACGGACUUGUCGGGUACAAGAAGAGCAUCAUGGCUCUGUCGGAUGGAGGGAAACUGUACCGUGCUGAGAUGGAGAUGGUCCUCUGUCAGGACCCCAAGCUGUGACCUCAGUGCUUUGGCCCCAGCCAUCCCCUGCUGCCUUCUUCCUACCUCUUGAUGUAACCUUGUGCAUGUAUGACCCUUAACCUCACUACACCAUUUAGGGCCCUGUUUUGGUGGAGUCGCAUCAACCAGCACAAGCAGCACUACUACCCCCGGAGGUUUCUGACAGUGCUUUAUGUCAGUGCUAAGAGCUCAACUGUAGCUGUUUCAUUGAAAUGAAGCUGUUUAUUCCUUACAUUUGUCACUGGAAGAAGGCACUUAAAGAGGUUCAAUUAUGUUUUGUCAGUGCGCUGAUAUUGGUCACCAAGUGUCAUAAAAUUAAAUAUUAAAAUUGUAUUAAAAAAUACCCACAGACACUGUUGUGAUGCAUCCUAAAAAUAACCAAAACUUUCUAGUUUCCAACAGACAUGUUCCCCAUGUCCCUCCCCAGUCAAAGGGUCAUGCAGCAGGAGCAGUUUCAUGGCUGAACAGUCACUGAUCUCAUCUACACCGUGAUGGUAUGUGACACAAAGAGCAGAACAACUCAGCAGGUGUGUCUCACAGAGCACUCGCAGCUCAAAUGAGCCAUUUCAUUUGCUUGGAGACACAGAAUUGCUGGAUUUUGAUGAUGUAAAACAUCAAACUC